UACGCUAUGCAAGUCUUUUCCCCUGCCAGGCCAGACAGCCUAGUUAUUUCCUGUGCGGCGUUGUCUGGAACAGCGGCAGUGAACGAAGGGGGUAAGGAAACAUGGGUUUCUCUGCAAUAGGCAGAGCGAUGGUGAGGUUGGAGACCAAAGUAGCAGAGAGGAUGCGGCCACCUCUGGCCCUUCCUAGGGCCGUCGUCGCAUCAACAGCGAUGGAUCACCAGCCUUUCCGAGGCUUCGAUGGUUAUCCUACUAAUGCUCCGAUGACAGUCGACGGCGAAGCAGAGGCCCGGCGAAGCAUAGAGGACUGGUUCCCCUAUUCUUCUUCCUCCCCCUCUGGUUGGUCGAUGCAGCUCAUGGCUGUCCCCAAGAAGAAGGUUUCACCUUAUAAGAGGGGACUAAGAAAUGGUCCAAAGGCUUUGAAGCCUGUACCUGUAAUAGUCAGAUGCAAAAGUUGUGGCCGGGUUAAACUGCCACAUUUCUUUUGCUGCAGUGGGGAUAGAGGGACAAGUGGAAGGACUGAUGAAUCUGCACAAUAAGAAAAGUAAAACUGUUCAAACAGUUGGUUGAAUACCAUUUAGAUCCUUGAAUUGGAGGAAUAAUGACUACUGUUGCAGUUAUUUCUCGUGGAAAAUGUUAGGCCGUGGAUCUUCAUACUGCUUUAUAUUAUUUUGUCUUGCUGUUCACUUGGAUUACCUGUAUAAACUUUUUUCCAUUCAUUUCUUCCUUCA